GCCUAAACUGAGCCGUCGAAGCACAUUCGUUAUAAAGUGACGCAAGGCACCAUGGGCUGUUCAAAGAGCAAGGGGAGAAAAAAAUUCAAAAAAGGGGACGAAGCCAACUCUGCCUUACACUCCACAAACCGUCAUUUGUGCACGAAAGCUACAACCUGUGGACAUUUUAAACUUCAAUUUCAUAUUAUAUUACUUUUAUUCGUGUUUUCUAUCGUCAGAUUCAAAUGUUAAUGUGGGUUGCUCCACGUUGAAUGGCUCGCAACAGCCAACCCCGAGUCAUACUGUAAAUAUAAUUUGUAUUUGUUUAAUGUUGUGCUCUCAGUUUUAAUAUAUCAUUAAAAAUUACAACAAUAACAAUGAUAUGCGUUGGUGUUUCAAAAUAUCCGUUGCCACGGAAGUUUGUGGCAACUCUCGCGAGAAGUGCUUUUGAAGCUGUUGCAUGACCCAGAUCGGCUACCAUCGUGUAGCUUCAUAGCAAACGGAAUUGGCUGUUAGCAAAGGAACAAGCUCGCUUUAUUAGUCGCUGUGGGUAUAUAUGACUCGGGGGGACCAACCGGGGCUACGGGGGGACAUUUUUAUUUUUUAGAAAGAUGCCCAUUUUAACUGAAAGGCCGCGGUAAUGUUAACAUAACGUCACCGCCGAGACUCCACAAACAGAGAUAUUCGCAACAGAGUCAGGAAUCAGCAGCGCCGAAUCCUACAAUGCGAUUGAAAACAUCCAUACUUAAGGAACCUAAACAUAGGGAACUAGUGAGUUGCAUUGGUUGGACUGCAGCGGAUGAGUUGUACUCCUGCAGUGAUGAUCAUCAGAUCCUCAGGUGGAACCUUCUGACCAAUGAGACCAGCCUGGUGGUCAAAUUACCAGAAGAUUUCUACCCCAUAGACCUGCACUGGUUUCCCAAGACCGUCGGUGGCAAGAAGCAGACUUCGGCUGAGAUCUUUGUGCUAACCAGCACUGACGGGAAGUUCCACCUUGUCUCCAAGACAGGACGUGUUGAGAAGAGUGUCGAUGCUCACAAAGGAGCAGUUUUAGCAGGUCGAUGGAACCAUGAUGGGACUGCCCUUGUCACGGCUGGAGAAGAUGGCCAGAUCAAGAACUGGUCCAAAAGUGGAAUGCUGCGUUCAACACUAGCCACCCAAGCAUCUCCUGUAUAUUCUGUGGCUUGGGGCCCAGACUCUGAGAGGAUCCUCUACACAUCAGGUCGACACCUGGUCAUCAAGCCUCUGCAACCCAGUGCCAAAGUCAUACAGUGGAAGGCGCACAAUGGGGUCAUUCUGAAGGUGGACUGGAACGCAGUCAAUGACCUCAUACUGUCGGGAGGAGAGGACUGUAAAUAUAAAGUGUGGGACAGCUUUGGCCGCCUGCUUUAUUCCUCGCUGUCACAUGACUACCCAGUCACCUCCUUGUCCUGGGCUCCAGAUGGAGAAGUGUUUGCUGUGGGCUCCUUCAACACGCUGCGACUCUGCGACAAGACCGGGUGGUCCUACGCUUUGGAGAAACCCAACACAGGGAGUGUAUUUAGCUUGGCCUGGUCUGCUGAUGGCACACAGGUGGCUGGGGCCUGCGGGAAUGGCCAUGUCAUCUUUGCCAAUGUGGUGGAGCAGCACUGGGAGUGGAACAACUUUAUGAUCACUUUAACCAAGAGGAAAACUAUGCAGGUGAGGAAUGUGAUGAAUGACGCCGUGGACGUGUUGGAGUUCAGAGAUCGAGUCAUCAAAGCCUCCCUUGCUUUUGGGCACCUCGUAGUCGCCACAUCCCUGCAGUGCUAUAUCUACAACACAAAGAACUGGAAUACUCCUCUCAUAUUUGACCUGAAGGAGGGAACAGUCAGCCUCAUUCUGCAAGCGGAGAGACAUGCUCUCCUCGUGGACGGGGCGGGGUUGUAUAUAUUCUCCUACGAGGGUCGACUGAUAUCCUCGCCUAAAUUUCCUGGUAUGAGAGCCGAUAUCCUGAACUCUCAGUGUGUCUCACUUAGUAACGACACAGUUGCCAUUCGUGACAAGAGUGAUGAAAAAGUCAUCCUACUCUUUGAUGCCCUGACUGGUAAACCUCUCGGUGACGGGAAGUGUUUGACUCACAAGAUGGAGGUGGUGGAGAUUGCUCUGGAUCAGUGCGGCCCAUCUACUGAAAGGAAAAUCGCUUUGAUUGACAAGAACCGGGACCUUUACCUCACCUCUGUGCGCUACCUCGGUCGCGAGCCCAAAAUUUGCAAAAUCGGUAGCAUGAUUCACAGCAUGGCCUGGAAUAAUGCUGCUAACAUCCUGUGUGGUGUCCAAGACAACCAGUUCACAGUUUGGUACUACCCAAAUACCGUCUUCAUUGACAAGGAGCUGCUUUCCAAAACACUUUAUACUAAGGACGGCAGUGAGUUCAACCAUGCACCGCAUAUUCUGAGCUUUGUGGACACCAAGGUGAGGUUACGUCAAAGAGACGGUUCCUUGCUGUAUACCAGUGUGCCUCCGUACGCCGUGUUCCUCCACGAGUUCAGCAGCUCAGCACGGUGGGAGGAUGCGCUGCGCCUCUGCCGCUUUGCCAAGAAAGACUCUUUGUGGGCAUGUCUGGCUGCCAUGGCGAUAGCCAACAGAGAGCUGACCACAGCGGAGAUGGCCUACGCCGCCAUUAGAGAGUUACCGCGAGUGCAUUACAUCAACUUUAUAAAGCAGCAGCCGUCCAAGGAGUCGUCUUUGGCCCAUCUGCUGCUGUUCAGCGGACAAGUCCAGGAGGCAGAGGCCACUCUGUUACAAGCCGGUCUCAUUUACCAAGCCAUACAAGUCAACAUCGACCUCUUCAACUGGCAGAGGGCGCUAGAGCUGGCAGUCAAACACAAGACCCAUGUGGACACCGUGCUUGCCUACAGGGAGAAGUUCCUGCAGACGUUUGGCAGGAAGGAGUCAAAUAAGAGGUUCUUGCAGUACGCUAAAGGGGUUGAGGUGGAUUGGGAUAAAAUCCAAGCCAAGAUAGAGAUGGAGUUGGCCAAAGAGAGAGAGAAGGCUGCUAACGUGUCCGUCAGGAGUAGCGUGGCCCAGCGGCGCUAGCAACGAGAGGACUUUGUGUUUUUCUUGUGCUUGUUAAGUGCAUCCAAUUGAAAGAUGAACCGUCGCCGCAGUUGGAGGUCAAGAGCAGAUGCUGCAUUCAUCUUAUCCUGACUUGUCUUCCACUUCCUGCUGCCCAACAUCAUCCCCACAGCAUGAUGCUGCCACCACCAUGCACCAUGAGUGGUGCCUAGUUUUCUCCAAAAAUGUCACCUGGCUUUCACGCCAGAUCAAUCUUUGUCUCAUCAGGCUAGAGGACUUUGUUUCUCAUGGUCUUUGAGAGUCCUUCAGGAGCCUUUUGGCAAACUACAGGUGGGCGGCAGGUGUAUUUUGCUAAGGAGUGGCUUCCAACUGGCCAUUCUGUAAUGCAUGCCUAACUGGUGGAUUGCUGCAGAGAUGGUUGAUCUUCUGGAAGGUUCCCCUCUCUCCACAGGGGCACACUGGAGCUCAGUCAACACUUUUAGGUCACCUCGCUGACUAAAGCCCUUCUCCCUCCGAUCACUCGGAGAGUCCUGGUGCUUCUGGAAUGUUGAAUGUUGCUCCGGGUGGUGAAUAUGGUUUCACGGAGGGCAUCCACUGUCUGAAACACUGUCUGAUAUUCAUUUUUGUAAACUUACCUUGCCAUUCAAUUGGAUUUAGAUCAGGGGGACACGCAAGACGGUCCAACAGAGUGAGGUUAUUCCUCUGGAAAAAGUAUUUUGUCAGGUGGGCAUUGUGAACUUCAGCAUUGUUUUGUUGAAAAAGCCAGUCAUUAUCACACAGACGAGGACUGUCAGUCAUGAGGGAUGCCCUCUACAUAGUCAGCUGCCGUUUGACACCUCUCAAACAUCUCAGGUGCGAUCUCCUUGUUAUGCCAGUACGGAAGCCAUCAGGACUAUCGAGGUUCAUUUUUUUUUCAUCAGAAUUAAACUGCCAUCUUUCAA